UUUGCGAGUUUGCGAGAUCGCCGUCGCCAGUUGACAGUAGGCCUAUAGCAGAAUCUGACGCAAAACUGUAGAUUACUCUGGGCCUAGAAACUAGAAACAAAACUCAAUCAUCACAGCACAGAAGCAGCAGCUGUUGCAGAGUUCAUUGAGUUCAGACUGCAAGAGUAGGCUUUUUCCCAAAUAUACCGUUGUUAGUGAAACGUGAUGCACAGUCUAGAUUUCUAGUUCGAUCGUUUUGGAAUCUGGACUGGAUCAACAAGGGGGUCCUGGCCUGGGAUUGUUGUUGGCUUUACUUAAGACUUAGAUCUAGCAUCAAUAUAAACUUACUCAUAUCAUUAUCAUUCGUAGAUUUAGUUGACUUACUUAUAGGCCUACAUAUGGUUUUGCAGCUGAACAGGUUUUUAUCAGGCUGCUUUAAUCAGAUUCGCAAAUUUCCCAACUUCCCAGGGUUAGCGUGCAGCUCUGUUUACCCCAGAUCUACUGGAAAGAUUGGUGUUAUCAGUUUCAGCUCAUCUUGUUCAAGAGUCCACAAUUGGCGUUGCGGCCAACAUACUGUGAACAGGACUCCAAACUACCCACUUUUGUCAUCUCAAGUAGCUAUUUGGAGCUCCAAGAAGAUCAGAAUGUUUUCUGCUAAGACCCCUUGUAAUGUCGGAGACCCAGUCGCAGAAAUUGAGACUCCGACCCUCGUGCUGUGUCUGGACAAACUGGAAACAAAUCUGGGGACGCUCAAGGAGGCUAUGGCACGCUACCCUGGUGUGGCUUUCCGACCACACGUCAAGGCUCACAAGUGUCCUGUGCUGGGACAACUUCAGAUGAAGUCUGGGGCCUGUGGUGUGUGUUGCCAGACACUUACCGAAGCUGAAGCCAUGGUGGAGGGGGGACUGCAGGAUGUCUUCAUUUCCAAUGAGGUGAUUGGCAGAAAAAAACUGUUGCGUCUUGCUGCGCUGGCCAGAACAGCCAAAGUCUCUGUGUGUGUGGACAGUGAGGGUAACAUAGAGGACUUGAGCAAAGCUGCUGGUGACCUUGGUGUGACCCUUGACCUUGUGAUAGAGGUCAAUGUGGGACAAGACAGGUGUGGAGUUGAACCAGGGCAGGAUGUGGCGAGACUGGCCAAAAAGAUUCAGUCCCUUCCCCAGGUGAACUUCAAAGGCAUCCAAUGCUACAACGGAUGGAACCAGCACAUCCGCAAGGCCAGUGAGAGGAAAGCUGCUGUGGAGCUUGUGGCAGAGAAAGGGAAGAAAGCGCUGCAGGCACUGAAAGAGGGAGGUUUUGAUUGUCCAUACGUUACCGGGGGUGGAACCGGAACCUUCCACUUCGAAGCCGGCAGUGGAGUGUUCACCGAAGUGCAGCCUGGCUCGUACCUUAUGAUGGACGUGGAUUACAACAAGAACCUGGACGAGAGUGAGAAGUUCGUCUCCGAGUUCCAGCAGUCCUUGUACAUCAUCAGCACUGUGCAGAGCGUAGCGCCUGGUGACCGUGCUGUCCUUGACACAGGCCUCAAGGGUGUCAGUCUGGACUCUGGAGUGCCCACCAUUUCUGGUGCAGGAGACCUGAUCUUUCACAAUGGCGGAGAUGAGCAUGGCAUCGUUCGACCGAGCGGGGAUCUGAAGGUGGGCGACCAGGUGUGGCUGGUACCUGGCCACUGCGACCCGACCGUCAACAUGUACCAGUGGAUCGUCGGCCUGCGAGACGGCCAUGUUGAAUGUGUCUGGCCCGUCAGCGGCAGGGGACCAGGUGUCUAGACGUCUGCUUUUUGUUUUGUUAGAAAACAUUCCUUCACUUGGAGUUUGCUGAAAAUUUGUUGCAAUUGGGGACCGUUCUCAAAUGAAGUCAGCUCGGCUCAGAAGGGGGGGUGGGGUGGGGGUCCUUACAAAGUUGACAUCAAGCAUGAUGUUCUAGAAGGUUGGGGGAAAAAAGGAAAAGAAAAGAAAAGAAAGGAAGAAAAAAUAUUACAGACCACAUUUUCUUGGCCUAAAAAAUUAACACAGUUAGAUUGGACCAUAUUAUUUUUUUGGCCUUAAAACUAAAGUUAACCAUUAUCUCCCCAUAGCACAGACAUGUACAUGUACAUUUUGGUUUAUGUCAACUGGGAAAGAUAAUAGAAGAUGACAAGGGCGCUCAUUUUUUGGCCAAAUUUUAGCUGACGUCAUUUGCGAAGGGUUCCUUACAAUGUUUCUUUCUCGAUCCUGCUGAUGUGUAUUUGUGUCUGCCUGUGUAGGCGCCUACUUAGGUGACCUUACCCUUGUUGAAGAUUUGAUAUUAGAAGUUGUUGAGGAAUGUUUGUGGGCUUGUGCUCCUUGGCGAGGUGUCCAAAAGUGUCAUGUAUCGUGUGAAAGCACAAGUUUAUGGUGUAGCUGGCGAGAAAUUUGUGUCUGGAAAUUGGAGGAAGUGGGCGGGGGUGUGUGAUAGGAGUUACGUAAAUAAUCUCUUCUUGUUGUUGUUAUCGACCAAGGUAAAUGAUCUUUUAGAUCCUAUCAGAUGUAAUAAUAGUUGAGUGAGAGAGGUACAUUGCUGUGGAUAGGUGGUAGUGAACUAACCAUGGCCUUAACCCUUAAAGCCUGGAAUUCUUUUUUUUCAUACCUCCCUAGAAUCCUGAAUUAAAAUUGAGAUACUAGAAAAAAUUAGGCUGGUUCUUUGUUUUAUCUACUGUGUAUUUAAUUGUUGUUAGAUUAAAAUGAAGUUUGAAAAUGUUAUUUAUAUAUGAAUGCACAGUCUGAACAAAAGAGGAAAAGGUUAAAACACUGUUUUUUAGGACCAACUUUAUGAGUUAAGUCUUGUGUGUGAUCCCCGACUCCUCUUCAGUCAAAGUAUCAUUAGACCCAGCCGUAGAUCUAGCCUCUGGUAGCUUUAGUGGUGAUCCCCUGCCAAUUCCGCUAUCUUCAUAAUCAUCAUUGAUGUUAUGCGGAACAUUGCAAUCGUCUUCAACGGUCAUAUUUAUCGAUAUAUCCGAAUGGGAGAUCAUUAUUGGGGUCUGGUUCAGGAUUAAAAAUGUCAAAAAUUUUGUGGCCUGAAGUGCCUGGCAGCGAAAAGUUACUAAUUUUUCUUUAAAACUCAAAAUUUCCAAACUUUCGGUGUAGAACUGCUCUCUUGACAUUAUCAGUACUUUCUGCUCGCGACAGAGUCAUCUGGAGUUACAUCCCCUUUUCUAGCACUGGGAAUUAAACGAUAAAGUCAACCAGCGGUUACCAGCGAUAUAGGAAAACAUGGUGUCAGCGAUUACCAGCAGUAUAGGGUUUUAAGGGUUAAAGGAACAAUUGAUGUGUGGCACAUCCAAUAAAUAUCAAUGUCUGUGUAUUGUUAUUGUGUAUCGCUUGUCAGUAUGUUGUUCAUGGCAUAAAUCCGAAAGCAGUUGCGCUGAAGAAGAAAAAAACCUGAUAGAGUGUGUUGUAGCUGUUGAUGAAAGUAAAGGAAUAGUAUGAAAAGUAUGAUGAUACUGUUUACUCUACAGUACUACUACUAAUAAAUAGUAAAGAGCAUUUAUGCUGGGCAUUACCAUAAUUUUCUAAAAAAUGCUCAAUGGGCAUUACAUAACUACAUGUAUAAUAUACUAUAAUUAUUAUUAUUACACCUAAGCUUUCAGUGGAUUGUGGAAAUACACUUUGUGUGCCAUAUAGGUUUAUGUAUGCUUUUUAUUUGGUUGAACGUUUCAGGAUUUUUCUGUGAUUUACAGGAUUUAUUUUUUAAAGGGUUUAAUAUUCUCUUAUUUCCUUUAUUGUGAUUCCUGCACAAAAAUUAUAUUUUCCCUAUAUGAAUAACAAUAUAUAGAAAUCAUAAUAUUGGGUACUACUUAUUAAUGCCAUUUAUUCAUGCUUAAAAAGUUUCUUGAUAUAAAAUAAAACGAGAUUUUUUGUUGUUGUUGAAAAUGCUUCAUUUUCAGAAAUUUUACGAGUUGAGAUUCUGUCUGGAAAAACUACAUCAGUAAAUGAAAUUUUACUUUGAUGACAAAUUAAAUAUUGAAUUCUGUGUUUAAAAAAUCUUUGUUUUGUGAAUAAAUGCUUAUGAGAGGUAAGUGAUCAAGACUGA